CGUUUUUUAAAGAUUUCGACAUAACUCUGAAAAUUGAAAACAAAAAUACGAAUAGGACAAACGUCAUCUAAACAUAAAAUUAAUGGAUAUCUUAAAGCAGCUUCUGAAAAACAACAACAAUAAUAACGAUUUGAAUAUAGUCAAUAAGCAAACCUAAUGAUUUUAUUGUUUUUGAUACAGGGACUGCAAAAAUGUGUAACAGCGACCAAUCAAACUCAUCGAUUGAGUGCCCUAGCACUGAACUUCCGAAAUAUUAUGAGGAAUGUGCUAAAAAUCCAGACAUGGAUGUGUCCGAGAAGAUGAAGUUUGAAAUCAUUAGAUACUCGACUUUUAGCUCUUUGAAGGACUGUCCAAUUGCUUUUAUGAAACUAUCUAAAGCUGGAUUUUACUACGAUACUGCUUCAAAAGCCAUUAUCUGCUUUAAAUGUGGUUAUGUUUACGAAAAUAUUCAAUCAAACGACGACCCCAUGGAAAUACACUUCAAGAAUUCACCGAACUGCGAUUUCGUUCAAAAGCAUUAUGAUGCUAGUCAUGUAGCUUCAAGCGAAGCCAGAGCAGAGAGUUUUUUAAAUACUGAAGGAGCUUGCGGUGGGCCAUCAGACAUUCAUCAAUCAAUCUCCUACCAAAAAGGACAAGAAAGGAAAAAUGUUUCUCAAAGUGAGAACUCCAGUCAAACACUAACAGAGGAAGAAGUACAAUCUUCUGGAACAGAAAACCAAUCUGUUGUAUCCGAGAAUAACUAUCAAAACAAUACCAGCGCCUCAAACUACGCAUCUACAUCUACGUCACAGAUUUCAUUUCAACCAGUUUCUGAUCACGUACCGUUUGGGAGUCGGCCCAAAAAGGCCAAGGAAGUAUUCAAGGACCUUGGAAUCUGCGUUGAAAAGCCCAAAUAUCCGAAAUAUUCCAUCUUGGCCACGAGAAUGGCAUCUUUCAAGAAUUGGCCCAUAUCAGGCAUUGUUAGUCCCAACGACCUGUCUAAAGCAGGUUUUUACUACAAUGGAGCAAAUGACACCGUGUGCUGUUUCUUUUGCGGCGGGAAACUGGCAGAGUGGAAACGAGGAGAUGAUCCUUGGAUUGAGCAUGCGCAUUGGUUUCCCAACUGUCAAUUUGUUCAACAGUGCAAAGGCAACAGUUCAUUCAAACAUAAACAAGAUCAAAAAGAAGAGUUAAUGCAACCUGAAGAUCCAUUUGAGUCAGCUGCAUUUAAAAGUGUGAUGGAGAUGGGAUACACCAAAGCUCAGAUCAAGACAGUUUAUGACAAUACAGAGAACAAAGUGAACCUGUCUGCAAAAGAAUUGUUAGAGUUAUUAAUGGAUGCAGAGGAUCAGGAAUCAGAAAAGCACAAACAAGCAAGACGUAAGUGUUCAAAGAAAGAUCAUGUGAAAGAGGAAGGAGGGAACCAAAAGGAAGAAAAAAUACAGCAAGAAAAACAGCCAAAAAAGCAGGAGGAAUCUGGCGAAUCAAACAAACAAGAACUGAAAGCACUUGUUUCAGAAUAUCAAGAAUUGAAAGAACAAACCAGAUGUAAAAUUUGUUUGGAGGAAGAUGCCACCGUUGUUUUCUUGCCCUGUGGUCACAUGUGUACCUGUGUAAGCUGUUCACCAGCCAUGCGCAAGUGUCCGAUUUGUAGAACGUUUGUUAAAGGAACCGUGAAAGCUAUUUUAAGCUAAAGAAAAAAGCUAAGCACCACAAAAAUAUCUGAAAUGAAUACUAGUAGUAGCUUAUAUGUGCCAAAAAGAAUCCAGCAUAAUUUUAUAAUUUUUAACAUAUUCAUAUUAAGUAUCUUUUUUAUUCUGUGAAUAUAUGGAUACUAAAUUAUUGAUAAUGCUUUAUUUGUAUUUACAUAUUAAUAUUAAAAUUAUCAUUUAUUUUCCUACUUUUGAAAUUGUUUAGACUUUAUUUUGUGCAAUAAAUAUAUGCUGUAUGAGAGCGUAGUUACUGUAUUAAACAAUAUUUGGAAAGAAACCGUUU